GAGAGAGAGUCAUUGGGGUUUGGGGUUGUGGGCCGCAGACUCGACGUCACCAAGCCAAACCCCACGUGCCAAUCCACCCCCUCCCACACUAACUUACUUCAACAACAAACAAUAUCCUCACUUCCUCGCGGCCCCCUCUAUUACACUCACUCUCACUCUCACUCUCACUCUCACUUUCAUACCGACACUCACCGCAGCGCAGGAGAAGCAGCGCCCAGGUGCAGGGAGCAACCAUCAUCACACCACCUACCUCCCACUCGAAAUCAAUUCAACACACUCACUCACUCACUCACUCACCAUCACCAUGUCCUCCCACCCACAACCACCAACACAAACACAUCCCCUCCCAACCUCCCCCACCCCCCUAAACGUCAUCGCCCUGAUCUCCGGCGGGAAAGACUCCCUGUACACCAUCCUCCACUGCCUCCGCAACGGUCACAAUGUGAUUGCGCUCGCUAAUCUGCACCCCGCUCCUACCACCACCACCACCACCACCGCUGCCACCGCUGCCACCACCAAGGACCGGCCUGAAAAUGGCGCCCAACACAACAACGACAGCAGCAACAACAACACGGACACCCUGGAAGAAGACAUCGACAGCUUCAUGUACCAAACCAUCGGACACGGGAUCAUCCCGCUCUACGCGGAGGCACUGGGCCUGCCGCUUUACCGGCAGGCGAUUCGCGGGGGGGCGGUCGAUACGGCGAGGGUUUAUGGGGAUGGAGAUGGAGAUGGGCGAAAAGCGCAAGUAGAAGGGGCGGGGAGUGAAGGGGGUGAAGACGACGAGGACGAAACCGAGUCCCUAAUCCCACUGCUUGAGCGGAUCAAGCGCGCGCAUCCUACUGCGAACGCCGUCUGCGCGGGCGCCAUCCUCUCCACGUAUCAGCGCACCCGUAUUGAGAGUGUUGCUGGGCGGUUGGGAUUGACGCCGUUGGCUUGGUUGUGGCAGUAUCCUACUCUUCCUAGGGAUGGGGACGCGGAGGCGGGGUUGUUGGAGGAUAUGGCUGGCGCGGGAUGCGAGGCGCGGAUUAUCAAGGUUGCGUCGGGGGGGCUGGAUGAGGGGUUCUUGUGGGGGGAUGUCUCGGGGAGGGAUGGAAGGUGUCGGGGGAGGAUUGUCAAGGGGAUGAGGCGGUUUGUGGAGGCCGGGGAUUUGAAGGGCGCGGUGUUGGGUGAGGGGGGCGAGUAUGAGAGUUUGGCCCUGGAUGGGCCGGGUUUUCUGUGGAAGAGGAGGAUUGAGGUUCCUGGGAGGGAGGUGAGGGGGGCUGAUGGCGGAGUGGCGUUUGUGAGGUUGGAUGGGGCCAGGUGUGUGGAUAAGGAGGGGGAUGAUGGGGUGAGGGUUGAGGAUGUGAGGAGGCCCGCGUUGUUGGAUGAGGGGUUUGAGAAGGCGUUGGAGGGGGUGGUGGUGCGGAGGGACGGAGAGCUGGGGACGGUCGAAGAUACGGGGGAGGGGUUGAAACCGUGGGGAGAGCUGCAGGCGCAGCAUACUACGAAUGGGGGGACGUGGGUGAUCGCUAAUAUCACCGCGCCGGAGGCUGGGCCUGGCGCUGCGGAGCAGAUGGAGGCGAUUGCCGAGGAGAUCAAGUCGAUUCUGGCGUCUACGGGACAGCAUGGUGGCCGGACGACGGGGGAUAUCGUCUUCACAACGGUGCUGCUUCGCUCAAUGGCGGAUUUCCUGCUGAUGAAUGGCAUCUAUGUGUCGCUGUUCAAGAAGCCGAACCCGCCGGCGAGAGCGACGGUGGCCUGCGGUGAGAGUCUCCCGGAGGGCGUGAAGGUCAUGGUGUCGGCGGUGGUGGACUUAGGUCCGAGAGACCAACGGCAGGGUCUUCAUGUCCAGUCGCGCUCCUACUGGGCGCCGGCCAAUAUCGGGCCCUAUUCGCAGGCCAUGUCGGUUCCUCUACCGGGUGGGGAGCAGAUUGUGUACAUCGCUGGCCAGAUCCCGCUGGAGCCGGCGUCCAUGGAGGUCAUCGGCCAUUCGACGGAGGCUUUGACGCGGCCGUGGGUCGAGAACUAUGCCCUACGGGCUGUGCUGUCGCUUCAGCAUCUCUGGAGGAUUGGUAUCGCCAUGCAGGUGGACUGGUGGCUGGGGACGGUGGCUUUCCUGACGGGAGACGAGCACAUUGAGAUGCAAGCCCGGAUCGCGUGGGAGCUCUGGGUGAGGAUGCAUGCUCGUCAGACGCAGGAAGAGGAGGAUGAGGAAGACACAGGCCUGGAUGCGUGGGAUAUCAAGUAUGGAGGUCGCGCACACGAACAAGUAACGAGCGCCCCAACGCCCCAGCUACCCAAGUUCGAGGUGGUGCAGUCGGACGACGCCCUGGUCCCGGCGUUCUUUGCGGUCCAGAUCGAAGAGCUGCCUCGGGGCAGCGACAUCGAAUGGCAGGGUCUGGGCUACCGCUGCGGUGGCCUGACGAUGGCGGCAGAUGAGACGGAAUACGGCCGCCAGACCAGGGUUACGACCGAGCAGAACCUCCGCUAUGUCGGCAUGGAAAUAGACGCGGGACGGGCUGGGUCCGGAUUGGAAUCGUGUCUGCAGCUAGCCCUGCAGUCGCUUCCCGAGCAAUCGGAGAGUUCUCACGCCGUCAUCUAUACCAGCCAGCCACUGUCCGGGGCGUCAUCAUUGCCGGCCCAAAUCGUGCCCUGCAAGUCGGUCUGGGGGCCUGGGGGGCGGAAAUUGGCCGCGGGGGCCAUGGCCGUUUCGCUGAGCCAGGAGGAGGAAGGAUCCCUCCCUAGCAAGGGCCUCACGUCCGAAGCAGAGGCGCCCGAUUGCCCCCGACAAUUCUCCCGAUCUCCCCAUCCGUAUCGCCGGAAGGGCUCGCAUUCUUCCUCGCUGCCCGGGCUCCACUGGCCACGGACCUCCAGCGACAGUGGCACCGAGGCUGACGAUGAGAGCACCGGCGUGCUGAAGGGUCUGCCCGCGCCCCCGCUCCGACCGCGAAAGGGACUGCGUGCCGCCCAUCCCCGUCAGCUCGUCGCCGAAACCGACCAGUGGUUCCCCGUGCUGCGCCCGUGGCCGUCAAUAACACGUUCCACUUCCCGGAGCUCGCGACGGAGCUCGGGCGAGGAGGCGGAGGCCAAGGCGUCCGGGUUGCGCGAGCAAGCCAGGCGAAAACGACGCAUUGAGGUUCUGCAAAGGCUGCUGGAGACCGCGUUGCUCCUCUCCGUCGGCGCUGUCGUUCUGGUGCAGAAGGAUGCGAGGUCCGUUGCCUGGGCUUGGAGAAAAGAGCUCCUCGCCCACUCGCUGCUGGUCACAGGGCUCUACGCCGCAUAUCCGUUACAUCGCGAUGGACGUCUACGGCUCUCGGGACUGUCCUCCUUCGUCAUUCCUACGAGUUUCGAGCCUGCGCCGCUUCUUUAUCCGAUCUUGAUACCCCUUUACGUUUCUUUAUCCUUAGCGCAGCAUAGUCCUACCCUAAUACUCCCUAAUAUCCUCCUCAGCCUCUCCUCCCUCCCGACCCCCGUCAUCCCCCUGGGGGAAUGGGCCCACGGCUGCAGCAUCGUCCACUGGAUGAUCACGGUGCUCCCGAUCGUCGUCGCGGAGCACCUGUCGGCGGGGAUCGCGCCCGCCAAAUCGCUCUCCCUCCUCGGACUCAGUUCGGAAUCUCUGACUCUUGUUUUCCCUUUGCAUCAAGCGUUGAUACCCACUUUAGAUUUUUUGUUGACUACCAGCGUCCUUCCUGCAGAACGGCAGCUUUUGACAAGCGCGCUGAUCAAUCUAUUCUUGUUCGCAACCUCCCCGCAGGCGGAAAUCCUCAAGGCGUUGCUGUGGCUUGGGGGCCUGUGUAUCUUCAUCUCCUGCCGGGAUGUGCUGCGUUGGGAGGUGACUCUGGCCAGGAUCCCCGGCUGGAAGUUUCGCCGAUCGCCUGGGGGUUCGCCUCGCAGCAUUUUCAAUGUGCUCGAUCACAAGCUCUGUCAGAAACUGAGCCGGACGGGCUCCUCCGAGGACAACCUUUCCGACAGUGACUCGCCCGAGGGCCAGUUCCUGCUGGUCUCGCGGAAAACCAUGUACGAGUCGCGCGAGAAGUUCAAGGCCGGCGAUGCCACCCUGAGUGCCGAGACCGCCACGGUCGAGGUCCAACGGCAACCCCAAGUCAAGCACCGGCGACGACACACGAUCUCGAGCGUGAACGAAGUGGAACGCACGGGAAAGAUCCGGACGACUCCCAGUGGCCGGAGAAAGCGAUUGAUGGCCCCCGGCAUGGCGUCGUUCCUGUCCAUGACGGUGCCGCAAGCCCAAGUUCGCAAGUGGCUGUACGCCGGGUAUGUCUACGCGACUGUGCUGCUCAUCAUCGUCGGGCCCGUUCGGAAAUACAUUGGCGAGCGAGCUCUCCAGGGCGCCGACCCGUUCGGGUGGGCGUUGGGCUAUCUACUGGGCAAUGUGUCGUGGUUCCGAUUCUGGGUGCUCAUGUGGAACCUGGACCACUGGAUUCCCCUCCCCGCUCGCCUGGACCCGGAUCUGUCCUGCAGCUUUGGGUGGGUUGAGCAUCUCCGCCAGGAUACGUUUGGGGAGGCCAACUCGCGCCUCCUGCUGGUGGCCUACUGCGUGGUGGUGCUGGUGACGGGGCUGGCUGUUGUGUUACAGCUGAGCGCCGUCGCGGAAGUCGAUACGAGGCGCAAGGUCUUCCACGGCAUGAUGGUGCUGAUGUUCCUCCCGACCGUCUACGUCGACCCCCCGUUCUGUGCGCUCGCCCUCGGCCUGGUGCUGUCCAUCUUCCUGCUGCUCGACCUCUUCCGGGCGUCCCAGCUGCCGCCGAUUUCGCGACCCCUGACCUACUUCCUGGCCCCCUACGUGGACGGCCGGGACCACCGGGGCCCCGUCAUCGUCUCGCACAUCUUCCUCCUGAUCGGAUGCUCGAUCCCUCUCUGGCUCUCGCUGGCGGACGUGCCCCGGACGGGGGAUGCGCCGUGGGCGGGCUGGAGCGCGCCGACCCGGGACGUCAGCAUGGUGAGCGGGAUCAUCUGCGUGGGGAUGGGCGAUGCGGCGGCGUCGCUGGUCGGGCGGCGGUUCGGGCGGCGCAAGUGGUUCUGGGGCGGCGGCAAGUCGCUGGAGGGCAGCGUGGCCUUCGCGGUGGCCGUGACCUGCGGGCUGCUCUUCGCGCGAGGCUGGCUCGUCCUGGGAGAAUGGCCCAUGAGCGGCACUGGCCCUGGCCCUGGCACCGAGCCCACCUUCCCCUGGCUGCGGGUGAUGCUCAAGGCGCUCCUGGCGGCCGGGGGCACCAGCGCGACCGAGGCGAUCCUGACGGGAUGUAACGACAACGUCGUCGUGCCGGUGGUGCUGUGGCUACUGGUGCGAGGUCUCGGACUGUGAGCCGGGCGAAAUGCCAAUAUCGCUUGCACACACAACACAACUGUCAGGGUAUGUGGUGACGAAGAUAGAGCGAUGAUGAUGAUGGUGGUGGUGGUGGUGGCUCGUUGUUUGAAUACCAAACCGAUUUUUAAGGCCGCGCCCACGGGUCGUAGAGCGGGAUGAUGAGUCCCGGUUCCAUGUCUGAUUAUUUUUAUCAUUUUUAUUAUUUUUUUUUUUUGCUUUUAUCAUUAUGUCAUUAUUCUUCUUUCUUUUUUUCUUCUUCUUCGCUCUUCCCCACCAUUCUUGUGAUUAUAUAAUGUGCAGAACAGACAUUAGACGGGUGUCCGGAGGGCCUUUUGAGGGUUGAGGGUGGAGUGUGGGGGAUGGAGAAUGGAUGACGUGGAGGGCUUUUGCUGCUCUGAACGUUCGGCGGCCGAGUCCUUGGGUGAGUUGGGGGGGAAGGGGGAAGGGGGGGAUCCCCCUCUGUAAAUACUAUCGAUCUACUCUACCAGAUACAAG